GAACACUGCUCGAUUCUUUUCUCCCGUAGCGGCCGCGGAGAGUCAUACCUGUGGCGGGACAGUCAGUCGCUCGGCCACCUCGUCCCUUCCGCCGCGCACGAGAGGAGUUCAUGAACACCAGGAAGCUCGUGUUUUUCCCACACCUGGAUUAACUCACGGCCGACGACAUAUUUACAUCCAGUUUUUUUUUCUUCCUUCCUCCAAUUUAUUUCCUUUUUUCUCACGAGGGCAAGGGGGAGACUUGUUUUUUUUUUUUUCUCUCUCUCUCUCUCUCUCUGUCACAAUGUUGUGGAAAUUAGCCGACAACGUUAAAUAUGAGGAUGACUGCGAGGAGAGGCACGAUGGCGGCAGCAACGGGAACCCGCGGCUGCCCCACCUGCCCGCGGUCAGCCAGCACCUCUACAGCCCGUCGCCCGCCCUCUCGCACUCGGCCAGCUCGGACUUCCAGCCGCCGUACUUCCCGCCCCCGUAUCAGCCCAUCAGCUACCCGCAGUCGGGCGACCCCUACUCGCACCUCGGCGACCCCUUCAGCAUCAACCCCCUGCACCAGUCGCCGUCGUCCAACCAGCAGCAGCCGUGGCCCGGCCGCCAGGGCCAGGAGGGGCUCGGCGCGCACGCGCGGAGCGGCCUGGCGGGCCAGAUCCUGGGCCUGGAGGGCGGCUCGUCCGGGGUGCGCCGGGAGGGCUUCCGCCGGCCGGAGCUGCUGCCGCCGCCGCCGCCGCACGCGCACGGCCUGGACUCGUCCGUCAUCGGCGACGGCAUGGGGAUGCACGACAUGGGCCACGGGCUGGAGGACGUGCAGCAUGUAGACGACCACAGUAUUAUUAUGGCCGAUCAGACAGUCAUCAAAAAAGUAUUAGGACUGCGAGGUGGCAGGAACCUUGAUCGCUUACAGAGGACUUAUUAUCAGGGGGGCAUUCUUGCUGGUCCUCUCACUCUACCCAAAGGCAAUGCGCUGGGUCUUCCCUUCCAGAAAGAGUCCCUGCUGGGCAUGGUGUCAAACCCCACAGAGGUGUUCUGCUCCGUGCCGGGCCGCCUUUCCCUGCUGAGCUCCACGUCCAAGUACAAGGUCACCGUGGCCGAGGUCCAGAGGCGCCUGUCGCCCCCCGAGUGUCUCAACGCAUCGCUCCUGGGAGGAGUUUUACGCAGAGCCAAGUCAAAAAACGGAGGCCGUUCCCUGAGAGAAAAGCUGGACAAAAUCGGGCUCAACCUGCCUGCAGGAAGGAGGAAGGCCGCCAACGUCACUCUCCUCACCUCACUCGUAGAAGGCGAAGCUGUCCAUUUAGCGAGAGACUUCGGCUACGUGUGUGAGACAGAGUUCCCUGCGAAGGCGAUGGCCGAAUACCUCGGCAGGCCGCACGUCGAACGCAACGAGGUCAACUCGCGCAAGAACAUGCUCCUCGCUGCCAAGCAAAUCUGCAAGGAGUUCACUGACCUGCUCACUCAGGACCGAUCACCUCUGGGGAACUCUCGGCCGGCGCCCAUCCUGGAGCCGGGAAUCCAGGGCUGCCUGACCCACUUCAGCCUCAUCACUCACGGCUUUGGCUCUCCGGCCAUCUGCGCCGCCAUGACCUCACUCCAGAACUACCUGAACGAGGCGCUCAAACAAGUGGACAAGAUGUACCUGAGCUCUGGCAACGACACCCAGGGGUCCUCAGACAGUGGAAGCAAAUCUGCCGACAAAAUGGACAAGCACAGGAAAUGAGAGCUCAGAGGAGAAUCCCUAAGAACUUGAGACCCCCCCCCCCCCAACCCGAGUCCUUUAAUCUUGCUGCCCUGUCUGCCCUUUUUUGAACUUUAAAAAAACCCAUCAAUAUUUAGUAUCGUCAUUUUGAGAGCUGAGUUUGUGCGCGACUCUGUAUGUAUUUACUGUGUGCUCGCACCGUUGACUUGAUAUAAUAAUGGAUUUCUAAAAAGCUUGUCGCAGAUCAGUCUGUUUUUCGGCACCUGCGGUCAGAGCGCCUGUGGACUGACCGUGAUGGGAGCGCCUCCCGUGAAGACGUAACACAGACCAUAUCACAGCAACCACUAUGCAGUCCUAUACAGUUGCCAAUGUGCCGCGAUGCUACGACCAUGGGACCUGCACUCUGUUGACAAGAAGAGGAAAAAGAACAAAGUGCACACUGUUUUCUUUUUCCCCACCUCCCUAGAGGACAUCAUUUCAAGAUGAGUUGCUGCGGCUGUGAAUUCCUUCUCAGCGUCCCCCCUUCUGCUCCGUCUGGAGGCAAAUCCACUGAUUUCCUGUGUCUCAACGGACUUGCAAAGGACACAUUUUUUUAUAUGAAAAAGAGAGAGAAGAAGAAUAUCCACUUCAUUUUCUUUCCUUUUUUUUUUUUUUUGGAAUGCUUGAUUUGUACAACCACUUCAAAAUGGCUACAGUGUUAUUGUGCUUUGUUCAUGAGAGAUGAUUUGAAACUUAUGUAAGCCUGAAUGAGACAAGAAGUUUUUUUUUUUGUUGUUUGGGGUUUGUCGGUCUGCGUUUGGUCAGAAACCAGAGACUUCCAAGUCGUUAUAUCAGAAGCCUCUUCAGUGUUCGUGUGGAUUACAGGCAUAGCAGCGCUCCCAUCGUAGCUCUAUCUUUUCUACCUGGCAGUGGGAACAUGUUAUUUUUUGUGACUGUUAUAGAUAUUCAUCAACCUUAGUAUUUAAAAAAAAACAAAAAACUGAGUUAAAAUCUAAUCCAGCAAAGCAGCCAGAGUGUAUGCAUGUGGUGAGAAUGUGUGUAAAUGUACAUAUUUCUUUCUUCAAAAAUCUUUUAAUUAGACAUCAAAUUCCAUACAUAGAAUUUUAUCCAGCAUCUUGUCCUGGAUGUAAAUAUUUUUUUAAUUUAUGUUGUAAUUUAACGGGCUUGUGUAAAUAAUGGUAUCAUUCUGGUGUAUGGUUUAACUUUUUAUGAUGACGUGUUAAACUUUUAUAAAUGGGUUAGUUUUUUAUCGAGUAGAGGUUAGGAAGUGGGCAUGAUAUACCUUCUUUUUUUUUUGGAAACUAUGUUUAAAAAAAAAAAAAACUGUUUUAAAGUUUCAGGAAAAAUAAAAAAAAUUAAAUGAA